AAGAAGAAAAGAACUCGAAAAUUAAGAAGAAAAGAAGACAAACAGGAGGAAAAGGGAAGAUCCGUUGAAAAGGCAAUUUUCCCGACGAUCAUCGUAACCACUAACCAGAACCAGCGCUGCCUCACCCCGGCGUAAACACAGCAAACACUGCCGAGGUCAGUUAUCCAGAAGUGAGCUGGUUACUACAAAGCAGAAGGGAGAAGUAACCUCGCUUUUACACAUGAUAACUGGACCUCCGAAAUCUCAGUGCUCACCUUGAGUCACCACCAGGACACCACAAAAUGGCAGGGGCACUGAGUCUUGCCUGGGCUGUCACUGCCCUUCGCCCAGCCCUUCUUCGGCAGGCUUUUAGGAGUUUGAGUGUAACUGCAGGAAGGAACCAAGAAACCGGAGCAGCAGUAGCAGCAACCAACAUUGACAGCAGAAAGUCUCCCCUCAUUCUAGAUGAGAAAUUUACUGACAGCAACUCCAUUGUUGUGCCACGGGAAGCCUGGAUUGAGACCUUAGACACCAAUGCUGCCUCCACACAGGUUGGACUGAUACACCUCCACCCGGAGGUGUUUGGUGCCAAUCCCAGGCUGGAUUUAAUUCACGAUAAUGUUACGUGGCAGAGAAAAUUUCGCAUGGUGAACUAUGCCCACACCAAAGUCCGUUCAGAGGUGCGCGGUGGUGGGAAGAAGCCUUGGCCUCAGAAGGGCCUGGGCCGUGCCAGACAUGGCUCUAUCCGGUCCCCUCUGUGGCGUGGUGGAGGAGUAACACAUGGACCACGUGCCUACACUACACAUUUCUACAUGCUGCCGUUCUCCAUGAGACUGCAUGGGCUCACCUCAACUCUGUCUGCCAAGUUUGCACAGGAUGAUCUGAAAAUAGUGGAGAGUCUGGACAUGCCAUCAGACGAGGCUGGAUACUUGGAGCAGCUGUGUGAGGACCGUAGAUGGGGCAUAUCUGUGCUCUUUGUUGAUGAUUCUGACAUCAUGCCUCGUAACAUCACCCUCGCCUCAGACACUUUGGGGCAUGUGAACCUAAUGCCUGUAUAUGGCCUCAAUGUAUUCAGCAUGCUGAAACACGAGACUCUUGUGCUGACUGUGGCAGCUGUGCGACGUAUUGAGGAAAGAAUCCUUUAUCACUUGAGACGACCAGAUUUGCCCAAGGAAAACCUGAAAAAGUUCACAAUAUAACUCAUCUGAAAUUGAAAUACUGUAGCUGAGGAGUGGAGUGUACAGAUUCCACCCGAAGUCUAUCUUGUUGCUGAAAAGAAAAGUCAAUGGCAGCACACAUGAAAGGGUGAAGUCCAAGGCAUGAGGUGGACCACAGAGAAUACCUUACAGGUAUUCUCUGUGGUCCACCAAUGCAUUAAGUGAUUUUUUUUAUUCAUAUUUUGUUCUUUUUAUAUAUAUUAUUUUUAAGAAAGAUUUAUUGUAUCUGACUUAGCUAUAUAUGACAUAAGGAAUGUCCACAAAUAUAUUAAACAAAAUUCUAUAUGUUGAUAUUUUUUGAGGCAGACAAGAUUUUAAAAAAGAUCAGAAUUUAUUUUGUGUAAUCUUGCAGUUUCAUCUUAACUAAACAUGUUGACUUGAAAUAUACCACUAUCUUUGGGGUUUGUCUGUUUCUCCAAUAAUUAUCUGUUUCAAAUUCCACUCUCCCAGGGUAAAAUAUGAGCUGUAGCAUUCACUAAUGAAUCUUAAUGAAGCUGAAAUGUACAUAGGUUGUCCAUAAAGAAUAAAAGAAGACUGUUUUACAAAAUAAACAUACUGGUGAA